AAACAGUGUGAUGUGAACCUGUGCCGUGUUACAUUUAAAUCUACACGAUGCUUAAUUUAUUUUUUGUACUAUUUAUUUUUCUAUUAAGUGUUUUUAAUUCCUAUUUAUGUGAUGAUAUUUUAGGUUGUGGUGGAUACGUAAAAUCAGAUUUUGACAUAAAUUAUUCCAGAGUGGAAGUAAAGCUCUACACAAAGCAUGGCAGCUUGAAAUAUCACACAGAUUGUGCACCUCACAAUGGUUACUAUUUGAUUCCAAUCUAUGACAAAGGGGACUACAUCUUGAAGAUUGAACCUCCAGCAGGGUGGAGCUUUGAACCAAGUGCUGUACCAGUGCAUGUUGAUGGUGUAUCAGAUCCAUGUAGUUUGAACAAAGAUAUAAAUUUCAUCUUCAAAGGCUUUAUGGUUUCCGGUCAAGUUCUGAGCCACAACAAGAAAAAUGGACCAGCUGGCAUACAGCUACAGCUCAAAAGCUCUGAUGGAACAAUACUAAAUGAAACCAUUAGCUCAGAAGGUGGGCACUACAGUUUCCCCAAAAUCUAUCCAGGAAAAUACAUCAUUGAAGCACAUCAUCCCACAUGGUUAUUUGAUCAAGGAACUGAAACCAUCCACGUGAUGGACAACUUGAAGACUGGGAACAAAAUUGUCAUCGCUGGCUAUGAUGUUAGUGGUUCAGUUGCUAGUGAUGGUCAAGCGAUCCAAGGUGUAAAUUUUCUCCUGUUUUCUAAUGACAUUCAAAAGGUUCCACGAGGCUGUUCCCCUGAGAAGGUUAAAGGUUACAGUCAAGUCUUGAAUGUUCCCUAUCUUUGCCAUGUUACUUCCAGUCAAGAUGGGAAGUUUGUUUUCCCCUCAUUGCCCCCGGGAAAUUACAAGCUUGUACCAUUUUACAAGGGAGAACACAUCGAGUUUGAUGUUUCUCCACCAGAAAUAAAUAUUGAAGUGAAUGAAGGGAGUUAUCAAAUUAAAGAAAGUUUCCAGGUUCAAGGAUUCAGUGUUAGUGGUUGGAUUGGUACAAGGUCGAAAGGAAGAAGCUUGCCAGGCGUUGAUGUCUUCAUUGAUGGCGAAAUUCAUGGAACUUCAGAUGCUAGAGGAAUAUAUCACUUGGAAAACAUGAGAGCCGGAACAUAUAAGCUGGACAUGAAAAAAGACUUGAUGCUCUUCGAUACAGUUGAAAUGAAAAUAAACCCCAAUACGCCCAGACUCCCCGAUAUUUACGUAAGCAAAUUUUCAAUUUGUGGCCAAGUCUUAAUUGAUGAAUAUCCUGUGGGUUUAGACAAAGUCAAUAGAAAUUUGCAACUCAGAGCACUAAGUUCCAAGGAACAGUUUAUAGUUCCUGUUACUUCAACCGGCUCGUUCUGUUACAAUGCUAAACCAGGGAAAUAUGAGCUUGAAGUGGUUGUUUCGGAAGCUGAAGCCAGUUUUGGGCUUAAGUUUUUCCCGGAGAAACACGCAAUUGAAAUAAGCGAUGAGCCCAUUUUGAACAUAGAUUUCAAACAGUUCCGAGCUGAAGUGAAGGGCAAAGUGAAAUGUCUUCAGAGUUGCCAAGACAUAAUGCUUGAUCUCGCCCCAUUGUCUCACGACAGACCACAUUUAAAAGUAGCUGUUGCUAGCGACGGUUCUUUUGAGUUUGAAAAAUGUUUACCUGGAAAUUACAUAUUGACUCUGGUGAAAGAUGAUUGGUGUUUUCAAUCUAAAACAAUUAAAUUCACUAUAAUUGAUAAAGACAUCCUUAAUCUCGAGCUGAGCCAGAUUGGAUUUCAAGCUUCUAUUUUAUUGACGCAUGCUUCAUCCUUCAAAGUUAAAUAUCCGUCUGGAGAAUUUCACAUUGUAGAACUCCAAACGUCAAAGAAUGUUUUGUGCCUUCCGGAAAAAGGAAUAUAUGAAUUUGCCCCAGGUGGUUGUCACAUGUAUAAAAAGGAUGUUUUUAAAUUUGACACUAAUAAUCCAACGGAAUUGAUUUUGACACCAUCGAAGCAUUUAGUUACCGGAACGAUCAUUACUGAACUUAACGUCACCGACAUCAAAGUGCAUGUAAAAAAGCAAACAAGUGAGGUGGAGGAUGUCAUUUCUUUGCAAGAGCCAGUAGGCAAGAAGGGAGAAUAUUAUAAAUAUACAUUUUCAGUCUUCCUUCAGCCAAAUUCAGAAGUAGAAUUGAAGGUGACGUCCAAACAGCUGCUGUUCCGGCCCGUCACUUCUGUCAUCAAAGUUGACGAUGAUUGUCUGGAAAAUGCCGUAGAAAUAGUGGGCAAGAUGGGUUUGUUCCUAAAUGGUUCUGUGACGCCACCAAUCGAAGGGGCUAAUAUUAAAGUAUAUUUCAAAGAACCUUAUGAGUUGUAUGCAGAAACGAAAACAGAUAAAGAUGGAAAUUUUCUUGUUGGGCCCUUGGAGAACAUUACUGAUUAUAUUGUCACUGCCGAAGUGGAGGGCUAUGUGUUUUCGCCAGCAGAUAAAAUAGGCCACUUUAAUGCUUUCAAGCUGGCUUCAAUAGUUGUGGAAGUGGAAAAUGAAGAUGGGGCUCCAUUAGCUGGUGUUUUAUUAUCUUUGAGUGGUGGUACUGACUAUCGUAAAAAUAGUGUCACUCAGAAAAAUGGAAGACUGUCAUUUUUAGACUUGGGACCUGGACAGUAUUUUCUCAGGCCUAUGCUGAAAGAGUUUAGUUUUGAUCCUGCAUCUAAGAUGAUUGAUAUAAAAGAGGGGACGCAAGAGGCCAUCAAAAUCAAAGGUAAACGAGUCGCCUACAGUGUUUAUGGCACCGUGACUUCUUUGACUGGGGAAGCAGAAGUGGGUAUAGCAGUUGAAGCCGUUGGCUUACCCAGUGGAUCAUGCAGCCAGUACCAAGAGGAAGCCAUUAGUGAACAAGGUGGUGCGUUCAGGAUACGGGGUCUGCAGCCAGAAUGUGAAUAUAAGUUGCACCUGAAGCCAAAUACUGAAGUCAAUCAGCACAUUGAGCGUGCCACACCGAAGGAGCUGCAUUUAAAAGUUACAAAUGGCGACAUCACUGGUGUGCGACUUAUAGUUUUUCGCUAUUAUGGUCAACUGGAUGUUGGUGGCAAUGUCAUAACUAGUCAAGAAUAUUUGCAAACUUUAAAGGUACGUUUGUACAAAGAGGAAGCUCCAGAUCAGAUCGUUCAUUCCAUCACCUUGGGACAGAGCAGUUUCUUCUACCUCCCGUCUAUGCCCAUUGACAACAGACAUUAUGUUCUACAGCUUGAUUCCAGCCUAUCCAGCAACUCAUUCUUUUUCGAGAAGCCAACAAAGACUUUCGCUGCCAAUACAUCAUUCCACCACUUCAUAUUUCAUUUCCAGCCUCGAGUGAAAUCGGUUGAACAAGAAGUCACUCAGGGCUCGGUGCUUGCUUUGCCAGUCGCUGUCAUCACUCUUUUCUUGGCAUACAAUUACUCAAAACUUCUUCCACUCCUCAGCCAUUUGUUUUAUCUAAUAUCCACAUUCAUAAACCCAGCAAAAGCAUCCCUGUCAUUGGAAACCAUGAGUGCAGAUAAUUUGAGCAUGAAAAGAAAAGCUAGGCCUAAGAGGAUACAAUGAUCUAGAUAAUUUAAUAAAUUGCUUUACUAUUGUU